AUGUCUUCUAGACCUCCCCUUCGUCAAUUGACGAGGUUAUACACCCUAUCCAACCAACUCCCCAAACUCCAUCAUGGCCGUCUCCCUCCCCUGGUCCAGUCAAUAUCAACCACACCCGCUCCGCGUCUCAAGGCCCGAAUCCCUCCACACCGAAACACCUUUAUCCAAACCCGCUUUACAGAAGCCGACGUCCCCGGCCUCCCCUUUUGGAUCAAGCACACCGUCCCGCCCUUCGUCCCCAACGGCGAAGUAUCUCCGACCCAAUGUUUCGAAGCAUGUAAACGCUACGUACAUCUCGCCAUCGAGAACAAGCCAAACUGGCAACAGCACAACCUCUCCCUAACCGCCACAUCCCCCACCACCACCCACGACGGGACCAUCCCCUUCUUCACGCUACACUACGCCGCCAUAACGCUCCUCCUCUUCGCCCAGAGCCGCGAACCCCGAUUUCUGGCAUUACACAUCCUGACCACCGGCACAACAGCCAACUACGUCCCCUCAACACUAACCCUAGCGCUCCUCGGCCACAAAACCAACAGCCUAGGAAACCCACAAUUCGCGCACGCAAAGGAGUCCCUAGCAAGACUUCUCGCGAGCCCCGACCACCGCAGCAGCAGCGAGUACCGCCCGGACACGCUAACCCUCGCCGCCCUAGUCCAAUCCGGCACCAAUACGCGCGCCGGCGCCGACCGCGCAAUCCAGCUCCUCGAGGAUGCUUGCAAGGCGUACUCCGCGGCCGGCGGAACCUGGCAUUGGCGCGCGCGCGGCGUGUUAGCGCUAAGCCGGCUCUUGCUCGAGCGGAAGCAGACUGCGCGCGCACGCGCCGUACUCUCCGCGGCGGUCGACGAGCUCGACGACCCGGAGAUAUGUUUCCGGUACGCGAUGCUGCUCCCGCGGUCGGACGCGGAGCGCCGCGUUCUGAUCCAACGGGCGGCGGUGAGCGGGGUCGAUGAGGCGGCGCGCGAGAUGGCGAGGGAGACACGUGAGGGUCUGGAGGAGGAGGAGGAGAAGGGGCUGAGUGCUUGGGAGAGGAAGGCUAGGGGUGUGAUGGCGGAUGAGUGGGCUGGGAUUGCGGGGGAUAAGGCGAUUCUUUGA